AUGAUGAAACAGCUAUCAGUGAACAUCCCAUUAGUGGAAGCUCUGGAGCAGAUGCCAGGAUAUGCUAAAUUCAUGAAGGACUUAGUCAUAAAGAAAAGAGCUGUAAGUUUUGAAUUAACUGACAAGAUUCAUCACUGUAGUGUUAUUGCUACAAUAUCUCUGGUGCAGAAAAAAAAAGAUCCAGGUGCAUUCACUAUACCUUGCACCAUAGGAUCACUUGAGUUUGCAAAGGCCCUGUGUGAUUUAGGGGCAAGUAUAAAUCUGAUGCCGCUAGUUAUUUACAAGCAAUUGGGAUUGGGGAUUCCAAACCCCAUUGUGAUGAGGUUGAUGAUGGCAGAUAGACUUCGUAAUUCUGGAUUGCGAAGUGGUGAGGUUCCCAUAAUUUUGGGGAGGCCAUUUCUAGCUAUAGGUCGAGCUUUGGUUGAUAUUGAGAGUGGAGAGAUAAAAUUCAGCCUCAACAAUGAGGAGGUGAAGUUUAAGAUAUGCAGGUCUAUGAAGCAACAAUAA